GCCCUUGAUACCGUCACUUCCUUGCAGAGUACGCUUCGAAGGCGGAAGUUUGUGUGCCGAAGGCAGCGAAGCGGAGCUGAGGUGUUGCUAGCGUUGCCUGCGGCGCUUCCGGGUCUCUGCUCCAGUCUCCGGAGGCGGAGGCGGGAACCUGGGACCAUGGCUGUGAGGCUGCUGCGGAGCCUGGCAGGGUCUGGAGGCUGACCUCGCGACGCCUGUCAGCGGGCCCCCUGCUCCAGGUUUAGGGUUAUCUAGGGUCGCGCUGUCCCGGCCCCUAGACCCUCAAAAUGACCGCCGCCUCCACCUCCAAGUGGGGGCUGAUCACAAACGUCGUAAACAGCAUCGUGGGAGUCAGCGUACUCACCAUGCCUUUCUGCUUCAAACAGUGCGGCAUUGUCCUGGGGGCCCUGCUUCUGGUCUUCUGCUCCUGGAUGACACACCAGUCUUGCAUGUUCUUGGUGAAGUCGGCCAGCUUGAGCAAGAGGAGAACCUAUGCUGGCCUGGCAUUCCAUGCUUAUGGCAAGGCCGGGAAGAUGCUGGUGGAGACCAGCAUGAUUGGGCUGAUGCUGGGGUCCUGCAUUACCUUCUAUGUCGUGAUUGGUGACUUGGGGUCCAACUUCUUUGCUCCACUGCUUGGAUUACAGGUGACCAGGACUUUCCGUGUGUUCCUGCUCUUCGCGGUGUCCCUGCUCAUCGUGCUUCCGCUCAGCCUGCAGAGAAACAUGAUGGCCUCCAUCCAGUCCUUCAGUGCCAUGGCGCUCCUCUUCUACACUGUCUUCAUGUUUGUGAUUGUGCUGUCCUCCCUCAAGCAUGGCCUCUUUAGUGGGCAGUGGCUGCAGCGGGUCAGCUACAUUCGCUGGGAAGGCGUUUUCCGCUGUGUCCCCAUCUUUGGCAUGUCCUUUGCCUGUCAGUCCCAGGUCCUGCCCACCUAUGACAGCCUGGACGAGCCAUCAGUGAAGACCAUGAGUUCCAUAUUUGCCUCGUCCCUCAACGUGGUCACCGCCUUCUAUGUCAUGGUGGGGUUUUUUGGUUACGUCAGCUUCACUGAUGCCACCACAGGCAACGUACUGAUACACUUCCCCUCCAAUCCGGUGACAGAGAUGAUCCGAGUGGGCUUCGUGAUGUCUGUGGCUGUGGGCUUCCCCAUGAUGAUUCUGCCGUGCAGACAGGCCUUGAACACACUGCUAUUUGAGCAGCAGCAAAAAGAUGGAACCUUUGCUGCAGGAGGCUACAUGCCCCCACUCCGGUUUAAAGCGCUUACCCUCUCAGUGGUGUUUGGAACCAUGGUCGGUGGGGUCAUGAUCCCCAAUGUGGAGACCAUCCUUGGCUUCACAGGAGCGACGAUGGGGAGCCUCAUCUGCUUCAUCUGCCCAGCCCUGAUCUACAAGAAAGCCCACAAGAGCGCCCCCUCAGCCCAGGUGGUGCUCUGGGUCGGCCUGGGCAUCCUGGUGGUCAGCACACUCACCACCCUGUCUGUGAGCGAAGAAGCUCCACUGGACUUGGCGCAAGAAGCUCGCAGCGGCCGGCGAGGAGAUGCUGAGAGCGCGAUGAAGGUGGAGGCAGCCCGGCUGUCAGUCCAGGACCCCGUUGUAGUCAUUGCUGAGGACAGCCAAGAGAAGCCAAAGCCAGCAGAGGACAAGGAGGAACUGGAACAGGCCCAGAUCAAGGGCCCAGUGGAUGUGCCUGGAGGGGAGGCUCCCAAGGAGAAGCUGGAAGCUGCACAGCUCGAUCGUCCAGGUCAAGGUAUUGCCGUCCCUAUGGGUGAGGCCCAUCGCCAUGAGCCUCCCAUUCCUCAUGACAAAGUGGUGGUGGAUGAAGGCCAAGACCAAGAAGGACCAGAGGAGAAAAAGCCACCUCCCAGGCUCCCAGAUGAAGGAGACCCUGAAGGCAGGAGGCAGGUGGUACCACCUCUGCCUGAGUCAGAGAAGAAGAAGCAGGAAACGGAGAGGGGAGAGGAAGGGAAGAGACCUGAGCAAGUCCUGGCAGUAGGGGGAACUGAACAUCUUCAGAACGUUCCAGAAGCAAAUGGUCAGCCACCUGUCCAGCCCAGGAAGGAAGAUUCCAGACCAGGAAAUAGGGAUCUGCAUCCAGUUCCCCAGGCCAGGGUCUCUGUGGAGCUGAAUGCUCUGGGAGCAGGUGAAGGCAAAGGCAAGGAGUCUGCACAGAAUGCUGGCGGGGCGCCGUGGAAGCCCAUGGAGAGUGCUGUGGAGAGCAAUGUUGGUGGGAAGGCGGGCCUCCCUGUACAAAGGCCAGAGGCUGCAGAGCAGAGGAAGAAGAAGGAGGCCGAGCAACCAGGUGGAGAUCAGGCAGGGAGCAAGCUGGAAGCUGAGAUUAAAAAGCUAGUAGCAGAAGCUGGGAGGGCAGAGAUGCUGGACCAUGCCGUACUGCUACAGGUGAUCAAAGAGCAGCAGGUGCAGCAGAAGCGCCUCCUGGACCAGCAGGAGAAGCUGCUCGCAGUGAUUGAGGAGCAGCACAAGGAGAUCCGGCAGCAGCGGCAGGAGGGUGAGGAGGACAAGCCUAAGCCUGCAGACAUGCAGCCAGAGCUCGGGGCAGCUGUACUCAGAGAACAGGAGGAGGUGGCGGAGCAUGUUGGGGAGACAUUGGAAGAUGACCCUUCACAGCCUUUGCAACCUGUGCGUGGAGUUCCUAGGGGUCACCCCGCUCCAUCCCAAGACAUGGGCCAGCACCCCCUGGGGGAAAUCAACAUGCUGCCAGGCAGAGACCUUGCUGACCUUCCUGCUGGUGGCUCUGACAGAGAGCCCCAGGGGACUUUGACUAAGCUGAGAGAAGACCAGAAAGGUCCUGCCCUCGAGGUGGCUGGAGCUGGGAGGGAGCUGGUCCCAGGGGACUUGGGACCAGAGCACAAGCCAGACCCUGCUGAGGUACCCAAGAGUCCAGAAAAGCACCUUGCCAAGGAGGUUGCCAGGCAGCACCAAGAUGUCCUUGGUGAAGGUUCCCAAGAAAGGAAGGAAAAUGGAAAGGAAGCAAUGGCCCCUGGUGCUGAUACUCAGAAAGAGGCUGCCCAGCCCUUGGUGGGGGCAGAAGCUGAGGACUCUCACACAAAGUCCAGGCAAUCAGGAUCCACCAUGGUCCCAGCCAGUAGACCAGCAGGUGUGGGCUUUCAGGCCCAAGCCAAGGUGCAGCCAGAACCCCAGGCCGUCUUUGACAGAGGUCAGGGUUCUCACCCAGAAGUAAGAAGUGAGGCCCCCCAAGGGGUUCACAUACCUGCUGAGGAACAGCACAGAGGAAAAGGGGGUGCCGCCAUCCAGGAGGCAAAGCAGAGACCAGAUCCUAACUCUGGGCCCAAACUAGUUGUGCCCGGGGGUCAGAAGCCAGAGAAUGCCAAGCCCAACCGAGACCUAAAAGUGCAGGCUGGCUCUGACCUUCGGAGGAGACGGCGGGAUCUUGCCUCUCAUCCAGAGCAGGAGCUGGCUCCCAAGGAUGGAGUCAUCAUUAGCUUUAACUCCCUCCCCAGUGUACAGGUGAAUGACCUCCGUAGUGCUCUGGACACUCAGCUCCGCCAGGCUGCAGGGGCUGCAUUACACGUGGUACACAGCCGGCAGAUUAAACAGUUGUCUGGAGAUCUGGAAGAAGCCUGAGAGCCUGGUCAGGGAAAGGCUGCUGCUAGACAUUGGAUGGCACCCUGACUGGAGGCCACAGUCUUGUGUUCCCAGGGAUUGGUAUCUAAAUCCCUCAUGAUGAGUUGUGAAAGUCUAACCUGCCACCCCACCCCAGACAUCUGUCACUCUGUGGCAUCACUUGCUCCAAGGCUACACCAAAGCAUUCACUAGCCAGAGUAUGGUUUGGGUCUUGAGCCAGCCCAGGAAAGGCAGUGCGAAAGUUCAGCUCUGAUGCUGCACUGUGGCCGCACCUCCUCUGUUCUGCCAGUGGCAGUGCUGACAUGACAACAAGGCAGGCAACUUUGGAGGUGCCAGUCUUCAUCUAACUUGCAACCUGUGACAACCAGAUCCCACUGAUGAGUCCCAUGUUCCAAAGGGUGGGAAACCUGCACCGGCCAUGUCUGUCUGCCCUGGGGCAGCCCAGGGGUGGGUAUGACUUGACUUGGGUUGGGGAAGGAGGCACAUGGCCCUCCUGGAUUUUAUCAUCCACAUUCUUUGAAGCUGAUUAUGAAACAAAAAAUAAAAUGCCACUAAUAAGUAGCGA